AUGGCCACAACCAAGGAACCAAAGCAACCAAAGGAACCAAAGAAAAGGACUACCAGAAGAAAGAAGGAUCCUAACGCCCCCAAGAGGGGACUGUCGGCGUAUAUGUUCUUUGCUAACGAGAACAGAGAUAUUGUCCGUUCUGAGAACCCCGACGUGACUUUCGGCCAAGUGGGCAGAAUAUUGGGUGAGAGAUGGAAGGCUUUAACAGCCGAAGAGAAGCAACCUUAUGAAUCCAAAGCACAAGCUGACAAAAAGAGAUAUGAGUCCGAAAAGGAGUUGUAUAACGCUACACGUGCCUGA